AUGGCUGUGGCUUUUACCCAGCUUUCAUGGUGGUUGUGGAGUGGAAAACAGAAAGAGCCUAGAAUCUCCAAUUCAUCUUCUUUAAGUUCUUCACCCGACCCCGGCAUGUGGGAAUCUGAUGGUUUAAAGUUUCCUUCGGUUAAGGGGGCCAGUAUGGCCUCAUCAUCAUCAAGAAGGGUGAAACGCAAAUGGCAUAGUCGGGAAGAACGGAAAAUUGAUAGGGAAUAUGAUCUUGUUCUAGUUCCAUCUGAGGGAGGAUGUUUUUCUGGUUCUGAGUCUGAUGACUCGGAUUGGUCAGUUGGAUGGUUGGAGCCUCAUGGACCUGGGUUUCGGAGUGAUGAUGAUACAGACGAUAGUUUUGCUGUGCUGGUUCCAUGCUACGACGUCGUUUCAGGUAAUGCAAUUAUUUUUAAAUGA